GAUAAUGUACAGAGAAACACGAGGAUAAAACUAUGGGUGCUGACAUACAUGGCAUCACUUUAGUUGACAAGAUGAUUGCUCUCAAAGCCAUAUUUCACCCUACCUUCUAUCCUUCUAACAACACCACCACUUUUUCUACUCUGCACCCCCACCACAACACAGCAAGAAGAAGAAGCUCUGUUUUUCUGUGUCUCUGCAGCACCAACUCCAAUGAUGAACCUGAUAAUAAUUCAAAACCUGGAGGUGAUGUUCAAAGCCAAGAGCUACUGGCUCAACUUGCAAUGCUUGAGACAGAAAAAGUUCGUCUUACGGAUUAUUUGGAUGAAAGAUCUGAAUAUUUGACACAGUUUGGUGAAGAAGCUAAAGCUGAAAUUGAUAAGAUUGGUGAAGAUGCUCUUAAAGGAUUAGAUGAAGCUAGUGAUAGAAUAACAGCAAAAAUAGAGAGUGAGAUGCUAGCAUUUGAGGAAUCAAAUGAACUAGACAGAGUAGAAUUUGAGGAAAGUGAAAACAAAGUAAUGGAGAUUGAAGGUCAAAUGGAAGUUGACAGAAAUGAAGGACUAUUCUUUAAGAACUUGGGACAGAAAGGAGCUAAUGUUGAUAAAGCAAAAGCCAAAGAAGAAAUAGAAAAGAUGAAAGAUGUAACAACAAGUGAGAAAAAUGGAAGAAAAACAAGGAAAAAUGUUUACUUAUUCUUCAUUGGUCUUUUUACAUAUGGAAUAGUUGGUUCUAUUAAUGUCUCAUCAUUAAGUAGUACUGAUUGGAAGAGAGUUGCAGUUCUUGGAGCUAUUCUUCUGGCUUUGUUUUCUCAGUUCAUUUUUGAACAAAAUAAAGACAAUAAUCAGAAAGAUGAUGAACAAUGAAGAGGAACAAGGACUCAAGAUCAUCUUCUAAUUUUUAUUUUUUUAUCAGAUUAGAAGUUUCAGUUUCUGAGGGAAGUGAUUUGUAAGUAUAUAACCUCAAGUGAGUGAUUACAAUUUGAUCUGAUACAUCAAGCUGCUUUUCUUGGCCAUGAAAUACAGCUGAUAAUAUUGGUGACUAAGUUGCCAUGUCUGCUGAAUUACAGAAUUUCCUUAAAUCUUAUGUUUGUAGCGAAGACACACGCACGCGUAUCAUCAUCGAGAUUUUAAACUGUGAUCAUAGUCUUUGUUGUCGCAUGUUGCGAUGUUUGAUAAUAUGAAAAAUCACACUUAAAUGUGACUGAUGUGAUCACAA